AUGGAGGACUUGGCGACGAAUCUCGAUGCCAUCAGCCUUGCGGAGCGGCUGCAGGGAGCGAGGGCCGAGGAGUACUGGUUGCAUCUUGAGGCCGAGGGGCCAUUGGACAAGUAUCCGGCAAAGCAACAUGCACGCCGGGUGCGCGAGCGCCUGCAUGUGGCAGAGGGCUUGAUCUACCUUCCUGGUGUGCCGGCGAGGAGCAAUGAGGACAGUGACAUGCCUGCGCCUUUUCGCCAGCGACGCUACUUCUACUACCUGAGCGGCUGCAAUGAAGCGAGCUGUCAAUUGGCGUACGACAUCAAACGGGAUCUUCUUACUUUGUUCAUUCCGCGCGUUAACCCGGAUCGCGUCUUCUGGAACGGCCGAGGCUCGACUCCUGCAGAGGCCUUGGACAAGUACGACGUCGACGAAGUCUUCUACGUGGAUCAGAUAGAGUCCUGGAUACAUGACUGGUUCUUGCACUACCGAUAUGAUGGCGCUCAGCGCCUCUAUGUUCUGCAUAAGGAGCAAAUGCCACCGUUGAGAUACCCUUGGCCUGUGGAUUCGACUGCAUUACAGCCUGCAGUCAAUCAAUGUCGCAUGAUCAAAGAUGAUCACGAGAUCAAGUUGAUCCGCAAAGCAAACGACAUCUCAUCGAAAGCACAUAAGCAGGUCCUUGCCAAUAUCACUAGGUUUCACAACGAAGCCCAGGUGGAAGGUCUUUUCCUGAACGUCUGCAUCUCGAACCAAGCCAAACAGCAAGCAUACGAUCCUAUUGCAGCUUCUGGGCCCAAUGCCGGCACGCUACAUUAUGAUGCCAACAAUGAAGAUUUCGCCGACCGUCAACUCAUGUGUCUGGACGCUGGAUGCGAAUUUGAGCUCUACGCAUCUGAUAUUACGCGCACAUUUCCGCUAUCUGGCUCCUGGCCCUCGAAAGAGGCAGAAAACAUCUACAAACUUGUCGAACGUAUGCAAGAAGCCUGCAUCCAGAAAUUGGCACCUGGUGUUCGUUAUCUAGAUGUUCAUGUUCUGGCGCAUCAGAUUGCUAUCGAUGGGUUAUUAAAACUUGGUCUUCUACACAAUGGCACAAGGGAAGAGAUCUACAAGGCUGGCACCAGUAAAGCUUUCUUUCCCCAUGGUCUGGGCCAUCAUGUGGGAUUAGAAGUGCAUGAUGUCGGCCAACAGGAGCUAAUGAGCUUGUGCAAGCAUCCUAAAUACGAGAAGAUUCCUUCGCUGUAUCCCGAGGACUUCCAUCUGCCCAUCUACGACAAGGAUCUAUGCAUGGCUCCGACACAUCCCCAAAGCCCGCAACUGGAAGAAGGUAUGGUGGUCACCGUUGAACCUGGAAUCUAUUUCUCUGCAUAUGCUCUCAGCUACUUCUAUUUACCGUCGCCUGUGCAUGCUAAGUACAUCAAUACUGAGGUACUCUAUCGAUACUUCCCUGUAGGCGGCGUCCGCAUCGAGGACGACAUCCUCAUCACUUCCAAGGGCUAUGAGAAUCUCACUACUGCACCAAAGGGCGAUGCUAUGUUCGCUAUAAUCAAGGGACAAAGUACUAGCUCUACGCCUAAAUCCAGGGAGAAGAGUGUUGACGCACUAGAGGAGUCGCUUCGUCGAGCGCCAGGUAUUUCAAGGCGCGUAGCUGAUCCUUUCGUGAAACCCAUGCAACAGAUCCCGGCGUUUCCAUCAAAGAGCUUGGUUGACAGGCCAUUGCGUGAGCCUUUCGCUCCGGGGCAUGGCAUCCCAUCAUCGUCUUUCGAUGUACAGCGUGGUCUGAACAAGGAGAGUCGCGGUAAGCUGGACGAUGACUUCGUGCCUCUACCACAAGUGAAAGCACAGCGCCGGUCCGUCACCUUUGAUAGCUAUCCGAUCACGCAGUCGCAGCUGCCCUCAAAUCAACACGAAAUUGUUCCCGCCCCAAGUGAUUGGCACACUAAAUCCAUGGAUCCUGCGACAUUGGCGCAGAAGAAGCAAGCAAAUCGACCGGUGUAUGACCAUCCCAAGUCAGAAUGGAACCCUUCUAAUAUCCCAAACCAAGCUCGUGUGUCGAAGUGGACCUUCACAACACUUCCAGAACACGUCUACCCAUCUGCAGCUGGAGAGACGAGCAUGUCACCCGAGGCUCUUGCCCGAAGAAGCCUCUCCGCAGCAAUUGAACGUAGCAACGAGCGCGAGCAAUAUGUACACCCAGCCAAUUCCUUGCGUCGCCCGGAUGCGCGGCCUUCGCUCCCGUUCUUGCGGCAAGGUCCGGCAAGUGGGACGCCUGAAGAGGGACUUGCUCCCGUACGAAGUCACCGUGCAGAGGAGUCUGUCCCUUUGCAGAAUCGCAAUUCCACGUUCGUGCCGGUCAGCUUCUCAGCGCAGGAGCAUGACUUGAGGCGCAGACGCUCAAUGGGCAGUGCGCUUAAGUCUUCCAUUCAAAGUCGCGAUAUCUCCCCUUUUGCAGUCUCAUCCUGA